AUGGCCGGAAUCAGUGAAUCAAAUGAAGUCAAUCUUAACAUGUUGAUAGUAAAUGUACCAAAUCCGCCUCAAAAUUUAAGACUUAGAAACUUCGUGGGAAACCGCUCGGAAAGAAAGUACAGGCCACCUAACGCGUUUAUCCUUUAUCGAAGAGAAUUUUUAAAUGAGCUAAGAUCAUACAACUGUCAUAUUAUUAUGUCAGAAGUUUCAAAAGUAGCAUCAAGGCAUUGGCGAAAUGAAAGCGAGGAAAUCAAAAGCAGAUACAAAAAAAUAGCAAAGAAACUAAGCGCCGAAUAUUUGGAAAUCCAGGCGCACAAUACAGUAUAUCAAUUUGAUGAA